UUUGACCGCCCGAACUGUCUGUUUGAGGUAUUUUUACUUUGUACGUCAAAUACUUUUGACAAUUCUUGCUGGAAUGAAAUACAAAAGUAGUUGUAAACAAUGCACAAGUAUCAUAACAAAACAAAUUUGGUUUUAAAAAUGGGUGGUACCUCAUGAAAUACGCGUUUAAGUAAGAAUUUUUCAGUUUAAUACCAACUGUAUUCAGUGUAUAGUAAAUGAUGAAUACACAAAAUUUUUGAAAUGAUUUUUUUUUUGUCCUGAAUUAUCUUUUUCUUUUUCUUUUUUUGCGGAUUCUCCACCCAUUUUCUAAUGUCAUUUCAAUUCUUGGCGCGCCGCUCGAAGCUGGCGUAUAGUUACGUCGUUCAGCCGAGAGCUUUAUGUUUGAAAUAGAGUAUUUACGUAAAACACGUACUAUUUUCCAGAGCGACGAUAGGGGCAGUAAUGUAGCAGCAGAUGAGGAGUACUGCGCUAUCCUUUACUUUCCACUAGGAGGUAGUGAUGGGAAGUUAAGCCUCAUUUCCUCAUUUCCGCGAAUCGGUUCUUUUGAACAGUUCAUGUCCAAGAACGAAUUCAGGGAUUCUUUUACAUCAUGACGAAAUCACGUCACCACGUGGUCCCUGACAUUCCGGCGUGGCAUAUUACGUUUUAUAACAUUACAAUAAAGCCACAUGUAAAUACACAGCUGUUUAUUAGACUAUUUUUUAGAUAUUUGUCGCAGUUCAGUCAGUUUGCAACAGUGAAUAGAAUAGACAUAAUUUGCUUUUACAUUAAUAUUCCUGAACAUUUAUUUACAUUUUACCUGAAACAACCACCAUAAACGCAUUUCCAGUACGUUUUAUUUGUCGACAUUUCUGCUAUUCGGUAACUUUUAAGUAACUUACAAUGACUUAAGUGUUUAGUCAAAUCUUCGUCUACUAUCAGUUGACUCGAAAACGACUCCGAUUCGUGGACGAGUCGUUCAAAAGAUCCGACUCACAGGAAUGAUUUUGUUCACGAACCUCACAUCGCUAGCAGGACAGGAGGCAUCCAGAGGGAUUGUGUUAGUCGAAAGGAAACAUCUUCAUCAGGGAUUCUGUGUUUAUGUAUUUUUUUUUCCUAGGGCUUAAGAAAAAGCUAGUAACAACCGUCCGAUCAUUUGGAAGAAAGAUGCCUGAAUUAUUUGUGUUUUAACGGAUCUAGAUCGUUAUUCAAGGACUGAUGCGGUCAUGGCAAGUCUCGGUGUCAGCUUUAUCGAUACACGCCAGCAACAUCUGAAGGAUAUAAAGUGAAAGAUAAAUUAUAAUUGAGUAAGUUUAUCUGACCCCGGUAGAUUUCAUCUAUGCGCAUGCGAGAUAACAGUUCUGCGCUCUGGAUAUGCUGAUAUGAACUGAGACAGGCUGAAUGUGUCUUCAAGAUUAUGUGAUUUCGGCUCUUCAUAGACAUUUUCCUGUGACUUUAUCAUCGGUAACGCUAAGACGGGGACUAAUUUGUAACAUUUGUUUUGUACAGUGCUUUAAGCGACAUAUUUAAUGGUUGAAGAACGGAUAUCUUCAUCUCCAAUCAGCUGACCACCUCUGAAUUCAUUGCAUUAGAAGAGCUACACUGGAGUUUUCCUUCAUUUUCGUGAACAGAAGCUUAUUUGGGACCCAGAUAUUUACUGUUGUGUUAAAGGAGCCUGUAAGGAUCGUGGUUAAAGAGCAGCGGGAUCUUGGAGAUGUCCGGCCGGCCUAGGACCACCUCAUUUGCGGAGAGCUGCAAGCCAGUGCCGCAGCCUUCAGCCUUUGGCAACAUGAAAGUCAGCAGAGAUAAAGAUGGCAGUAAAGUUACAACGGUGGCCGCGACCCCCGGUCAGGGUCCCGACCGACCUCAGGAGGUCAGCUACACGGACACAAAAGUCAUCGGGAACGGCUCGUUUGGGGUCGUAUAUCAAGCGAAGCUUUGCGACACCGGUGAGCUGGUGGCCAUAAAGAAGGUGCUGCAGGAUAAAAGGUUUAAGAAUCGUGAGUUACAGAUCAUGAGGAAGUUGGAUCACUGUAACAUUGUACGUCUGCGGUACUUCUUCUAUUCCAGCGGAGACAAAAAGGAUGAGGUGUAUCUGAAUUUGGUGAUGGACUACGUGCCUGAAAAUGUGUACCGAGUGGCCAGACAGUACAGCAGAGCCAAGCAGAAUCUGCCCAUGGUCUAUGUGAAGCUAUAUAUGUACCAGCUGUUCCGCAGCUUGGCGUACAUCCACUCGUAUGGGAUCUGCCAUCGAGACAUCAAGCCGCAGAACCUCCUGCUUGACCCAGAGACAGCUGUACUCAAACUCUGUGACUUUGGAAGUGCAAAGCAGCUGGUGCGUGGUGAGCCUAAUGUUUCCUACAUCUGCUCGCGGUACUACAGAGCCCCUGAGCUCAUUUUCGGAGCCACGGACUACACUUCCAGCAUAGACAUUUGGUCGGCUGGUUGCGUACUGGCUGAGCUGCUUCUUGGACAGCCGAUUUUUCCAGGUGACAGCGGCGUCGAUCAGCUCGUUGAAAUUAUCAAGGUGCUGGGAACUCCUACACGAGAGCAGAUUCGAGAGAUGAACCCAAAUUACACCGAAUUCAAGUUUCCACAGAUAAAGGCACACCCGUGGACUAAGGUUUUCCGGCCUCGGACCCCUCCUGAGGCAAUAGCCUUGUGUUCCCGAUUGCUGGAGUACACGCCUACGGCCCGACUCACUCCUCUUGAGGCCUGCGCUCACACUUUCUUCGACGAGCUCCGUGAGCCCAUCCUCAAGCUCCCGAAUGGAAGAGAGCGGCCUGUGCUGUUUAAUUUCACUACACAAGAGUUGUCCAGUAACCCCUCGCUGGCCUCUGUACUCAUCCCUGCACAUGCUCAGAACCAGGUGGAAAACUCCGCCCAGUCUGCCUCGGCUGCAACAGGUGCCAUCAGUGGUCCGAACGCCAACGCUGCCUCUGCCGCCCCUAAUCCUUCAACUUGAACCCCAUCCACCUGUCAAUGGGCCAACGCUGCUGCUUAUUAGCCACGCCCAAUCCUGGGAAUCAUGGGCGUGGCUAAAACGAAACGAAAAGCUCAUGAUAUGAUGGAUGCGCCAACCAAAUCUUCCCCCAGCCAUUGUCUUGGUUUUUAUUGUUAGUGUUUUAAUUUAUUUGCUCUAAAGGACAUAACGAGGGCUCAAAAACACGCCUCAGGACUGUCUGCGGUGCUGUUUGAAAUUUCUUUCUCUCUCUCUCUCUAUAUAUAUAUAUAUAUUCACACACUAAUAUAUAUUACACUACAAAUGCGUUUUCACAUGUCUACUUUGACAUUUUUAAAGGGAAAUCUGUAUGCUGUAGCCACUGCUUCUUUUAUAAUCGUCUCGGGCCCCUUCUUGGUCACCUAUGGGCAGAGACAAAGACUUUGAAAAUGGUCUGACACAGACGCUGCAGGUGGUUUCUGAUUGGCCCAAUAUGACCGAACCGGUUCAGAGCCAUGGACAGAUUUCCAGGGCUUGUGUACAUUCUGUAGACUAUGUGAAAUAUAUGCUAAUGACUUUUGCCUUUUCCCUCAGUAUUGGGCGGAUAUGUUGUAUGCUUAAGCUGUACGCUGCUGUGUGCCUCUUUCUUUUUGACCACUUUUGAAGGAGUGACAUUAUCCAUUUGUUUCCUGCUCGUCUUCCUCCUUCCUGUUGUAUAGUACUUCACAGAACUCUACAGAUGUUGACACACACAUAAUAUCGGAUCAUUUUCUGUGAGUGAGAGUGUGUGUGUGUGUGAGUGCAUGUUGUGCGUCUUACGUCUAUAAAUACUGUAUGCUGAUUCUUGAAAUGUUAGUGAGCUAAAAGAAACAAGCACGAAUCUGAUAAUCAGGACCUUAAUACUGAACAUGUGAACAGGUUUCUGCACCACAAAUCCCAGCCGAAAGAAAGAUGUCGUGGUUUGGUGCUCGAAAUAGUCUCUUCUGUGUCAUUUGUGUUAGAAUUUAGCGGGAAUAAGUGGCUGAAAACAGUGUGAAACCUUUAACCAUCUGGACUGCUCCAUCAGGAAACUAACACUAAUGAUGAGGCGGAAAAAAAAUAAGAUCUCUACAGUACCUUUGCUUCCAUUUCUUGUUGUUUUUCUUCCUUAUGUCCUCUUUAGUGUCCCCUAGUGUUAGUGGAAGUGUACCACUGAGGCUGUUGUGUUUAGUUCCUCUGAAUAUGUUGUGAAUCUGCACAGAAGUGUCACUUCAGGCUGUUUAUGUACCUCCCAAAAGUGCUGUUGAAAGAAUAUCGAUCUGUUCUGUUACCCGCUUAAAAUGACAGUUCACCCAAAUAUGAAAAUCAUUUGUUGAUUUUGUUUACUCACUCUUUUGGAAGCACAUUUCCGCCAAAUAAGGAAAAAUACAAUGCUUUUGUAAAUAAUAAUUAUGGCACAAAAUGUCAAAACUGUGAAAUGAAAAGUCGAAAUUGACACAACAUUAAAAGUCAUAAUUAUAACAUAGAAAGUCAGUUUCGACUUUAUCACAAUUUUGACUCUCAUAAUUUACAUAAUAUGUCAAUUUUGACUUUUUAAAUCUUAAAAUUAUGACUUUAAGUCAUAAUUUCGACUUGGUAUGUCAGUUUCAACUUUAUGUUAUAAAUAUGCCUUAGCAUGUAAUAAUUUUAUCUUUUUAUGUCAUAAAUAUGAUUUACAAGUUUUUUUUUUAGAUGGCGGAAAUGGGUUUCCAUGCUUUCAUGCUGUUUCAAACCCAAAUUAUAUUCUUUCACCCCAAAAGGAAAUGCUAUGUUCACACUGAUCUUUUCUAUGCAGUGAAAGUGAAUGGUGACCAAGGGCCAUCAAGCUACAAAAAUGCCAAAAAAUGUAUCAAAUCAAUAAUCCAUAUGAUUUGAGCGCAAUAUUCAAAGUCUUCUGAAGUCAUACAAUUGUUUUAUGUGAGGACAUUUUUAAGUUGUUAACCACUAAUAAUUCCUUUCUGCCAUAUAUCUCAAGGAUUGUGUUCAGUCUGAAUAUGCACAUAUUCAAAUGUGUUUUUUUUUUGUUUUUUUUUGUCAUUUUUGGAGCUUUGGAUGGAUCGUUAUCUCCAUCCACUUUCAUUGUAUGGACACGAUUCAGAAUCUCACAAAGAUUAUUAUUAUAAUUUUGUUCCAUGAACAAAAAAGUACAAGUUUAGAACAAUAUGAAGAUGAGUAAUGAUGACAUAAUUUUAGUUUUUGGGUGAACUGUCCCUUUAACUGUAUCAAUACAUCCUGUAAACUUUUAUUGUUUGUUUGAACUGGUUUUUAAUUGCCAACUAUUAGAAAAAAUAUGAUAUUAUACAGUAUGAAGGUGCUCCAUCACUCUAAUUAUGUAUUAAAACAAUCAUUUGUUUAAAUAAUGUAUGCUUGGCAAAGGGAAAUUGAAUUGAAUUUCAUCUGCUAAGCUCUUGUUCAGGUCUGUUCACUGUCACAGCAGGGAAAUAGAUGUUUUUCAUUUUCUUUUCUUUUUUAUACUUUUAACUUAAAGUUUCAGAAGGACUUUUUGUUGCAGGAAUUUCUUAUAUAUUUUUAAUUGUGAUGGAAAAUCUUACAUUUACAGUUUUUUUUUUAAUGAUUUCUUUUUUAUGAUUAUGAAUGAUGUGGGAAUAUAGUGUGUAUCAUUCUACAGUAUUAACUCAUUAUUUGCAAUAAUAUAUUUUUGAUUUGUGUUUGGGCUCUUGUAAAAUACUUUCAGCAGCACUUAAAGAGAUUGAUGUCAUGUAGCACUAAGACCUUUUUAAAUGUUCAUAAGCUUUAUUCAAAUAUGUUUUUAAGCCUAAUAUGUUUUUCAUCCUUGCAUAAUUAGCCAGUGCUGUUAACAGUCAUGUUGCUUCAAGGAUUUCCUUAGCAUGUAAAGAAACACUCAUUACCUUUCUCAACGACUCAUAUUUGAGACUAAAAUGAGAUAAAAGGGAAAAAGUGAACAAAUGUGAACUGUUAGUAGCCAUAAUAGUCAAUCAUCAGCCACCAAACACCUGAAACAUAGCUUUUUUUUUGUUUUAAGUUUUUGUUUUGUUCUGUUUGGUUUUGUUUUGUUAUGGUUUUGUUUGGUUCUGUUUGGUUUUGUUUUUUCUUCUCCCAUCCCAGUAUGCUAAACAUCUUCUUGUUCAUACUGAUGUGCGUUCUGUCCCUUGUGUGUUCUGGUUCAGAGAAGUCACCUGAUACUGUACUGCAUUGAAUAAAGUGUAGGUUACCUUCACUCCA